AGUACUCUUCCUUUUCCAAAAUUAUGUGUAUUUUAUCUUUUGAUCUGAUGAUGCCAGCAAAUAAUAAGAACAGCUAAAGCAAAGCAAUAGUUUAACUAAUGAAUUUCUCUAAGUGUAGCAGCAGAGCAGCGAUGGCGUAAGCCCAUCUGUGUGAUAACAGCGCAGACAUUGCAAAAGAGCUCCACAGACCCGCCAGACCGGUGUGCCCGAAAAGGGGGCGUGGCUCGGGUCUCCCGGCUUUUCCAGACCGCUCUGGAGCUCAAACCCCCUUCCCCUUCUUCCCGCUCCCCUUCCCGUUCCCCAGUUGCAUAUGCAAUGGGCGGCACGUAGCACGAGCGGCGAAUGCAACGGCAACCAAGUAGCGUGUUAUCUUAUCGGAGCGGAGGCAAAACAUAUAGUCCAUAUGCUUCGGCGGCAAGAAUCGAAUCGAAUUCGAGUCGAAUCGAAUCGAAUCGGAUGGGAUCGAGUCGAAUAGCUGAGGGAUCGCAUGAGAGCGACUGAGCAGCAGAGGCAAAGACCCAAGGGAAGCCGAAAAGCAAAAUGCUCGGCUGAGUGCGCACAUUCGAUUCCCAUGUUACUUGGGUGCAGUGCGAGUGCCGCAUGAAGUCAGUUUGGCUCGUUGUGCCAGAGCAGCAACAAGUGCUCCGCUAUAUCCGUAUCUGAAUCCGAAUCCAAAUCUGCGCCUGAAUCCCAAUCCGAAUCGGAGUCUUAGGCUGGGACUGAAGCGCGACAAGUGCUCCCGAGUGAAUUGCCAGUUGGAGGCGAGUGCACUGCAGGCCGUGAGAUAAAUUCAAAUUUAGUUGGCAAUUUCAAUUUCAACUAAUUAACCGGAGGGCCCUCCGCUCGAAACGAAGCGCAGUAAAUUAAUUAAGGCGGAGAUAAAAUUGCAACUGCAUCGGCUGCCAAGGGAAUCAGCGGCAAAAGUGAAAGCGACCACAGCCAGGUGACAGAAUGCUGCUCAAAGGCGCACAACUGCUGCGAUGCGGCUUGGUUUCUCCAGCGAGGAAGUACAACUUCCGCCUGGCCUGCCGCUCCCUCUCCGUUCAAUAUGGAGACGCCAAAGUGCUCACCCCCGCCGUUAAGAAAUACGUGGAGAAAUGCGUGGAUCUCUGCCAGCCGGAUUCGGUGCACAUCUGCGAUGGAACCGAAAGGGAGAGCAGGCUGCUCCAGGGGCUCCUGCUGAAGCAGGGAACCAUCAUUCCUUUGCCGAAGUAUGAGAACUGCUGGCUGGCACGAACGAAUCCGGCGGAUGUGGCGCGAGUGGAGGGGAAGACCUUCAUCAGCACGGAUUGCAAGGAGGAGACGGUUCCGGUGACGGAGAAAGCCACACCGGGAGUGCUCGGUAAUUGGAUGCCGGAGGAGGACUUGCAGGCGGCCAUUAACGAACGAUUUCCCGGUUGCAUGAAGGGUCGCACCAUGUACGUAAUACCCUUCUCCAUGGGUCCAGUGGGUUCACCGCUCUCGAAGAUUGGCAUCGAGAUCACGGACUCACCUUAUGUAGUGGAGUCCAUGAAGAUAAUGACAAGGGCUGGUAAUCCCGUGCUUGAUUACCUGCAAUGUGGAGAUGGCCAGUUUGUCAAGUGUUUGCACUCGGUGGGUUCACCCAAAAGUGGAGUACAGGCGGUGCCAUCUUGGCCCUGCGAUCCUGAAAGAACCAUCGUUCUGCACAAACCAGCGGAGAAUGAGAUUGUGUCUUAUGGUUCAGGUUAUGGAGGAAACUCCCUCCUCGGAAAGAAGUGCUUUGCCUUGAGAAUUGGCAGCACAAUUGCGAAGAGAGAAGGUUGGUUAGCCGAACACAUGUUGAUCCUUGGAAUAACCAAUCCGCAGGGCAAGAAGAUCUACAUUGCUGCCGCCUUUCCAUCCGCUUGUGGCAAGACCAACUUGGCCAUGAUGACACCCACUUUGCCUGGUUACAAAGUGGAGUGUGUGGGUGACGACAUCGCCUGGAUGAAGUUCGACUCGGAGGGAGUGCUGCGUGCCAUCAACCCGGAGAAUGGAUUCUUCGGCGUGGCUCCCGGAACCUCAAGGGCCACCAAUCCAAUUGCAAUGGACACUAUCUUCAGGAACUCUGUCUUCACGAAUGUGGCAUCCACUUCGGAUGGAGGUGUUUACUGGGAGGGAAUGGAGAAGGAUCAGCUGAAGGGGGUGACAGUCACGGAUUGGCUGGGAAAACUCUGGUCACAGGAGUCGGGAAAACCAGCUGCUCAUCCCAACUCGCGGUUCUGCACUCCCGCCUCCCAAUGUCCCAUCAUCGAUCCCUCCUGGGAAGACAGCGAAGGAGUUCCCAUCUCGGCUAUUCUCUUCGGAGGACGACGUCCCACUGGAGUUCCUUUGGUUUACGAGGCGAGGGAUUGGAAGCACGGAGUGUUCAUUGGAGCUGCCAUGAGAAGUGAAGCCACGGCAGCUGCGGAAUUCAAGGGGAAGGUGAUCAUGCACGAUCCCUUCGCCAUGAGACCCUUCUUCGGUUACAACUUCGGCGACUAUCUGGGUCACUGGUUGAGCAUGGAGCAGCGGGGACAGGUGCCCAAGAUCUUCCACGUCAACUGGUUCCGCAAGAGCUCCGAGGGGAAGUUCCUGUGGCCAGGAUUCGGGGAGAACUCCAGAGUGCUCGACUGGAUCUUCCGGCGGGUGGAGGGUGAAGAGAUCUACGAGGACUCACCCAUCGGUCGCCUGCCCACCAAGGACUCUCUGAAUUUAGAGUGCCUUAAAGAUAAUGUAGAUCUCGAGCAGCUGUUCGAUCUGCCCAAGGAUUUCUGGGAGCAGGAGGUGUGCGCCAUCGAGAAGUACUUCGAGGAGCAGGUGGGUCACCAUCUGCCGAGUGAGGUGGCCGAUCAGCUGAAGGAACUGAAGGCGCGUGUGGCGGACAUGUGAUGUGUGUGUUCCAUAGGUUACUCCCUAAUCUAAGACUAAUUGCCCUAUUGCCUUAAAUAAAACGAAACGAACGAGAUUUUUAUGGUUAAA